UCAGUCGAAUUGAAAAUGCUUUAGCUAGCACGGGGCGUCGAUCGUGUGAAUUGAACCUAUUUUCCGCCUCUUCCCUUCAAUCUUGUGUUAAAUAGUGAAUUUAUCGUGUCGUGCGUGAGAAAUUUUCAAUGGAAUAUUAAUUGAGAAUAUGAAUAGUGGUCUGAUUGAAUUAUUUAGAAAAUAUUUUACUACAUAUUGUGAAUGGAAAUAAAUAUAUAAGGGAGAAUUUGUGAAGCGAAAUGGAGUUUUGGUGUGCUGAGUGUGACUCAAAAUUCCUUUAUUUUUACGCUCAAUGGAAUGGCGUGCGCAUUUUAAGAUACAAAUUUGUGUCUUCUUCACGUAAUUAAUAUCUCAAGUGUUUUACUUUCCAUACGACUCUAUUGUAGGAAAACUAUAUAUAUUUUCUGAAACAUAUAUAAUUGUGAACAUUUACAUUUGUGUGAUAUUCUGGGAUCUGUAAUACAUUCUUUGCAUUUUCACCGACUUGUGUAUUUGAUUCUGGGAGUGAAUGGGAGUUAGUGUGGGCUAGUGUGUGCCGAUAAGAGGAAAAGAUAAGAAUUUUGGACCCUCUAUUUAUUCACUUUUCGGCAAGUUGGCUAUACAAAUUGCCACUGACUGGGAGAUAGUGAGGCUGAGAGGAGGAAAAAAGUGCGAUAAGUUUUGUGUGAGAGGCGUGCUGGGAAAAUAAAGGAGCAACCACUGAGGGAGAAAUGCUUAUGGCUCUCAAGGUUUCUGGAUAGAAGCGAGAUGAUUCAUCAUUCCACGCCGGAUUCUACGGAGACACUUGGUGAGGGUACGAAGCGUCGAUCGACGUUCUAUGUGCCACUCGUGGGUGCCGAAGACACCUCCAGUGUCUCCCUUGAUCAAAGCCUUAGUGGACUUGAUUGGAGUUUGAGUGACUCCAUGUCCUCAACGGAUGUCCUAUCGGUUUCACCAUCACGAAAUAGUCCCACAACAACACGGUACAAACGCUAUGGUGUUGUACUCAAUCGCAUGAAUACCGUGGAAGCAGACGACCAGACAGAGAGUCCUCUGUCCUCCCUCUCAAAUAUCCCCGUGAGCUGCAAUGUGAGCAUGAGCUCGAAAGUGAAGGAGAAGUCAAAGACCCUGCCACAGAAUUUAACGCAGGCGGCGACAUUUCCGCCAAAAAACUCCUUCCUGCUAAAGUCGACGCCCAAAAUUUCCCUCAAUUACUCAUCUGGAAACGAGUCGUCGCCAUCGAUGAAAGCAUCAUCGGACAAGAAGUCGUCAUCGCUUAGCUUCAUAAGGCGUGCUCACUCAACCAAAUUGUCGCGCAGCAAUUCACUGUUGCGUAGUUUAACCCACCGUUCAGAUGCCGUGACCACGCACGAGGAUCCCGUGAAGGCACUCGACAUUGAAAUGCUUCAAAAAAUCCUCAGAGCUGAUAGUGUCACAGAUGCCGUGCGUGAAAUGUUUCUCACACAAGAGACCCCCGCAAAGGUUCCCCUUGACGACGAAGCUGUGCACUCCGAUACAUCGUAUGAGAAAGCCUGUCGACGGGGUUCAGCACCAGCCACGCCGAUUCUUAAUCAGAAACAACCUGAAGCACCUACGUCCAGGUUUACAAAUUUCUUCUCAAAGAGAUCCUUCAGAGCAAAUCCACUGAAACGUACAAAGUCCGUGACGAAAUUGGAGCGCGCCAAGAGGGGCCCUGGUGGUCUGAGAGGAUCACGAUCACAUGAGAGUCUACUCUCGAGUCACGCUGUGAUGUCAACCAUUGAUCUCUCCUGCACAGGAGCUGUUGGAGUAGCUCCAGUUCACCAGUCUGUCCUCGGACGAAGGCAUUGCUUCCAAGUGCGUGGUGGACCACGCGGUGAGCGGUACUACAGCUGCGGAAGUCGCCAGGAGAGGGAUUUGUGGAUCUAUAGCCUUCGCAAAUCAAUAGCACCCAAUGCUGACCACACACGACGGACAGACAACUCCCUGAAGAUGUGGGUGUACGAAGCCAAAGGUCUACCGCCAAAGAAGAAGUACUUCUGCGAGAUUAAUCUCGAUAAGACACUGUAUGGGCGCACAUCGGUGAAGCUAAAGGGAGACCUCCUCUUCUGGGGCGAGUACUUCGACUUUCCCGACAUUCCGGACAUCAAUCUUAUCACAGUUAAUGUUUUCCGUGAGGGUGAGCGCAAGAAGAAACGGGAUAAGCACACCUAUGUGGGAUGCGUGAAGAUACCCAUUCACGAGAUCACUGCCAGGAUGUUCUGCGAGGAUUGGUAUCCAAUUAUCUCAGAGAAGGUAGACAGCUUUGGACGGAAUUCUGUGAAGGAUGGCUUCCCAACGCUACGAAUAAAGUGUCGCUUCCAGAGUAUUGAUGUGCUCCCACUUGAAAUCUACCAGGACUUUCUUUCAUACCUCAAGGAACACUACAAGAAGGUGUGCGAAAUUCUCGAACCCGUGAUUGGUGUUAAGGCAAAAGAGGACAUUGGACAGGCUCUUGUAUUACUGAUGCACUCACACGGAAUGGCUGGGGCUUUUCUAACUGAUGUUGUGGCUCUCGAUCUUCUCCGAGUGGGCGACCAGAGACUCACCUUCCGCGGAAAUUCACUCGCCACAAAGAGCAUGGAGGCCUUCCUUAAGCUCACCGGUGAGCAAUACCUGCAGGAUACCCUCUCAGCUCCCAUUGCUGAAAUAAUCUCCAGUGACAGGGACUGUGAAGUUGACCCCGCUAAAGCUACCGGAAGUCUCUCGCGACAGCAACAAGCUCUGAGGAAUGCUGUAAAAGUUGCAUGGAGUAGCAUUGCUGAGUCUCACAAACAUUUCCCACCUCAAUUGAGAAAUUGCUUCGCAACAUUCAGAGAACGCCUUCAGCAACUUAAUCGAGAGGAUAUGGCAGACAAUCUAAUCAGUGCAUCGAUUUUCCUGCGCUUCCUUUGCCCGGCAAUACUCUCCCCGAGUCUUUUCAACAUCACCAAUGAAUUGCCAUCGGCACGAGCUACGAGAAAUCUCACCCUUGUCGCCAAAACCCUCCAAACUCUCGCCAAUUUCACGCGAUUCCAGGCUAAGGAGGGCUUUAUGGAGUUUCUCAAUGACUUCCUGGAACAGGAGGCGGGUCGCAUGAAGGAAUUCCUUCAUCUCAUCUCCACGCGUACAGAUCAACCGACACAGGAGACAAUUCUCGAUUGGACAGGGUACAUUGAUCAGGGGAAGCAGCUUUCAAUUCUUCACACACUCCUAUCGGAGAGUAUUGCAAAGUUGUCGAGUGCACGGCAACAGGAGCUCCAUCAGCUCCUCACGGUGCUCGAGAAGAUUACGAAAGCAAAGGAAGUUACGGCAUUUGCCCAGCAAACGGGUGGGAAUCAGGAGAAUAUGGCCAAUGUGCAGAAUGUGCAGUGUAAGACGAAUGAUAGAGGAGUUAUUCGGGGUGUUUUAACACCCAAUUCCCUUGAGAAGAAUAUCUUUCGGUACAAUGAUCCUACAUGUUCACCAUUCCUGAAUGCUCAGCAUCAGACGAAUGGUUUGCAACACUCCCAGUCGACUUCGAGUAUCUCUUCAGCACCAGUGCUGCAUCAGAGUGUCGCUAUACCGGCAUCAAUACAGCACCACAUUGCCAAUUCGACGGAUCGUCUGCAUCAGCAAACAUCAUCCCCUGUGCGACAGCAUAAAGCACCAGCUGCACCAACGGCUUUUUACUACGCCCCAAAGGUCAUUGGGGGGCAACAGAAAGACACCAAAGACUUCCUGAGUGGUAGCUUUAGAGCUAAUACACUGCCCAGGAAUAACAUAAUUAUCAGCACAAAUGGAAACCACCAGAAUGCGCCAACAACGGAGGACAGCAAUUCCAAUUUCAUCCAAAUCGGCGUGGAUACGUCAAAUGCUUUCGUACGAAAAAGCCCAACACCGUUGCUGAAGCCAACACCCAACAAGAAUCGCUCCAGCACAACGAUUGUUGGUCCAAAUCGCAGCAUCGUGAACCUCGGUAUGCCCAAUGAGAGUGUCGUUGUGAAUAGUGGGAACUUCAAUAUGCCAAUGAACCUCGAAGAUUUGGAUGAUUUACUUAACUAUGCAGACGAGCAGGCAGCUAAACCCAAUGCAGGUGUCCCUGCUAAGGAAACUCUCGCUGCAAAAGGCAGCAAUGCGUCCAUCGGUCAAAUUUCAAAUGUCUGCAGUAGUGGAUAUCAGAGUAUUGCAACGCAGAGUCAGAGCUCGUCACCUGUGGAGAAUCACCAUGGAGCUGAUCCGAAGGCACCCAAGCGUCCACCACCGACAAAGUACCAAUUUGGUGGUACAAAGGAGACCGCAAGUGCUGUGGGGGCAACGUCCCAGACGCACGCCUUCAAGAAUCCCAUGUAUCACAUUCAGAAUCACUCCCAUCACUCUCAGUCGUCGCAGAAGAGUUCUUCCUUGACACCAUCGAGUAGUGAGGAGCGCCUUGACUAUGCGAAUGUGAAUGGGAACACAGCUGCAGCUAUUAUUGGGGAGAUAAGGGGUGAAAGUGAGUUAUCCAUGGUGGCAGCUGAUCUUCUACCUGCUCCAACAAGGCUCAGUGCCCAUCGUCUACCACGCACCAAUCCCAUGAUGCAGUACAAACGCGAAGAACCACUCGCGAAUCUUGGUGCUGGUGGUAGUCGCUACCAGAGGCGCUUGAGCGUUGAAUCAGCCAGAACUCUGUCUGAUAGCUCCACAGACACAGAGGGGUACACAAUGGAGGGAAAAAGACGCAGAUCAGGACGAUCGGUGGAACAGUGCGAGCGGGAGAUUCAGCGACUUCAGGCUGCGGUGGAUUCAAUGCGAAGCAAGCUUGAGGAGUCUGGUUUGAGGGGUGAUCCCAACAACUUAAGGGACUCAAAUGAUGACCUUCUCUCUAUGUCGCAUCACAGUGAUAGUAAAAUGAGGAGCAUUAUUAGUAGGUUAAUUGCAAUGGAAGAAGAACUAAGGAGAGAGCAGCUGAAGAUGUCAUUGGCUCUUUCGCACAAGCAACGCGUGAUUGAGGCACAAGGGCAGCAAAUAGCUGCCCUCGAUGCGGCCAACAAUCGACUCUUGAGCGCCCUAUCGAGUCUACGACAGCGCUACGAGAACCAGCAGGCAGGAGGUCGUGAUGAUGACUCUCCCAGCGGAAGUGGCCACAAUGGACAAACGUCUACAACGUGCUGAGAUAACUUAAAGAACACGCACGACUCCUAUACCUUAUUUUAGAUUUUAUCAUGUGUAAAAAAAAGUUGUUAAUUUAAAGAUAAUUUUAAAUUUUAAAAUUUUCGUCUCUCUGCCCCUACAAUCUUCUCAAAAAUUAAUAGAUACCUAAUAGAUUUUAGUGAGUGCUGCUAUAUUUUAGUAAAUAGACAUAAUGUUAGGAUGUAAGUCAGACUAUACGCACUAAAGCACCAUUAUUGCAUAACAUGUAAAAGAGUAUUAAGAUGCAGUGUUAGGGUGAAGAAAAAAAAUCUAAUUUCGCUUAUAAUUUAUUGGAAACACCAAAGAUCACACAAACACUUUAUUGGUAAACAAAAAAAUCUUCAAUAAAUGUGGGCACAAUAAAAAAAAAAAAAGAUAUUACAAGA